AUGAAGUUAUUGGCAAUAUUUGUUUUACAUAAAGAAGGUGAUAAGAAAGUCAAAAUACUUCAGGAUGAAUUCAAUCUCGACAGUUUUGGUUAUUUUGAACGUCGCAGUGUACAACCAUUACUUGUCUUCUCAGCAAGAACUGUCACUGAACGUACAGCCGUAAACACCAGACAAUCUGUUGAAGCUGAUCAAAACGUUAAUGCUAUGGUUCAUGUUUAUGUUCGUUCGGAUGGUUUAGCAUCAGUGAUUGUCUCCGAUGGUGAAUACCCGCAACGAGUUGCACACACUCUGUUGAGUAAAGUUAUGGAUGACUUUACCAAUGUUAAUCCACCUUCAACCUGGGCGGGCAUGGCUGAACAAUCUGGUAAAAUGGCAUCGUUGGGUGAAACUUUGAGAAAAUACCAGAAUCCUCAAGAAGCUGACCCAUUAAUGCGUUUACAAAAAGACCUUGAUGAUACGAAAGACAUUCUUAAAAACACCUUGGUCAACGUUCUCGAACGUGGCGAGAAAAUCGAUGAUCUCGUCGCUCGAUCAAAUGAUUUAAGUUUCGAAGCCAAAGCAUUUUACAAAACGGCUAGGAAAACGAAUCGAUGUUGUACAUUAUUCUAA